CAGCUACUUUUGCUGAUAAAACGUUUGUUUGGUCCGCUCUGUUGUAUCCGUCCCUUUUCUUUUAGUUUUAUUCCAAGAGGAGACUUUGCUGUUGUCUAGAGGAUUUCAAGCUUCCGAAACUGUGUUUCGCCGAUGGGUUUCAACCGACCUGGACGUCCCAACUGUUCCAGAGGACGACCUAACAGGAGACCACACAGCUGGGUGAAGCAAUAUCGCUACGAUCCGUGGAACACAACGCCCGGACGGAGAAGGUACUACAACGGCUGCGCCGGUGCCAGUCCUCCUCUACCACUUCUCCAGUGUCCUCCUUCGAGUGAUACUCUGUCCUCUCCGGUGCAUCCAGAAAUACACGACCCGCCCUGUCGUGUCUGGGCCGCUGGGCCCUUCAGUGACAAUCGUGUGUACCCUUCUUACGAUUGCAAUGUGGAAUGUAACAACUUUGGCGUCCAGUGGUACCCAGAGGACGAAAGGGGUGGGUUUAUACGGACUCGUGGGCGACCCGCUCUCGUGUUGGCCCUCAGAGACAGGGUGGAACGUUUUGUGGAAGAUGGCACGAAUAUGUCGGUGGCUUAUGUCCGCGACAACUUCCGUUCUGAAAUGAAAACGAGGUACGAAGCAGCGUGGAAGCACAGCUGGGACGUGACCGUAGCGCGCCAAGAAUCCCCGUUCCACUAUGGGGCCGUACUGCGUGCCUACGCAUUGCGCCUUCCCAAUGUCUGUCGGGCUUUCAACUCCGACUGCCGCUCGCUAACGGCGCGGGAUGAUGGCACGUGGGCAGACUUUGGAUACAAGUCCUUCUGGUGGCUGCUUCUUGAAGCCGUCCUCUAUCUUUCUCAAGAUUCUGGCGGUCCUGGAACGCUCUACCGUGGCAUAUCCAACGUGGACGUGUACAAAUUUCUCGGGGACUGCAUCAUAUUCGGCCAGUUCCUAUCGACCUCGUCGACGAUGGAGGUGCCGCUAAGGUUCGCCAAUUCCCCGUGGCCUUUGAUACUCGAGCUUCGUGGGGUCCCUAGUAAAGUGCGCAGGGAUACAACCAGGUGGAGCUACUGUGGACACCAGGAAGAGCUUCUCUUGCCAUUCUGCGUGUUUCGGUGCAUCUCUGACGUCGUCAUGCGUCACGUGGAAGAUGGAUCAGUUCCCGUGCUAGUGUUGCAGUAUGUCACCUGUUUGUUGGACAGUGAACGCUUUGCCGAGCACAUGGAAUUAAGGCGAUUGAACAGACAAGGAGUGCUGCCGGAGCACUUUGAUCCCAACGUGGCUCAACAGCGAGUGGAUCCUUAAACCGUUUGUGCAAAAACUCUCUGUAUAGAAGCAUGUUAUGAAUUCAUUUUGCGGCUGUGUUUCGAGGGAAAAUAUUUCGUGCGUGUGUGCUGCCGCUUUCGUUUUUAAGAUACUGCCAUUUCAUCAAAUGUACAUAUCAUUACUGUAUGCAAAAAUGAACAUAAACAGAUGAACAAUA